AUGGAGAGGCUGGGUUCCCCGGAACCUGCACGGCCGUCGGCGGGUGCAGGGCCCGUUGCUGGGGUGUCUGUUGCCAAGACGGCAGGUGUCGAGGGAGAUGAGGAGGCGGUCGCGGUCAGCUCCAAACUGUUUCGAUGUGCGUGCAUAAGACGUUGCCUACCACUGGCCUACAGAGAGGAGCUCUACCAAGUCUUAAAGCUAACAGGCCCGUUGCUGCUGUCUCGGCUUCUGAACUUCCUCCUGCCGUUCGUUACCACCAUAUUCUGUGGUCACAUAGGCAAUGCAGAACUGGCUGGAUACGCGCUGGCCUCAGCGACCAUUAAUGUGACCACCACUGCAACAGGCUACGGCCUUACUCUGGCUUGUGAUACGCUCAUUUCUCAGACGUUCGGCGGUAAGAACAUGAAACGUGUGGGUGUAAUUGUCCAAAGGAGUUCAUUGAUCUUGCUGCUGUUUUGUCUGCCCUGUUGGGGUCUUCUCAUCAACUCUUACAACUUACUGCAGCUCUUGCACCAAGAGGACGAGGUGGCGAGAAUUGCUCACCUCUACGUGAUGGCCUUUCUGCCAGCUGUUCCAGCCAUGUUCCUGCACCAGCUGCAAGUUGCAUAUCUACAAAACCAGGCGAUCAUUCUGCCUCAGCUGUACACGGCUGCAGCAGCGAACGUUCUCAACCUGAUAGUGAACUAUGUCUUAAUCAUCAGCCUCCAGCUGGGUGUCAUUGGAUCAGCAAUUGCAAACAGCUUCUCUCAGAUUGCCAUCUGCCUGCUGUUGUAUGGAUACAUCAGAUGGAAGAAGCUCCAUCAGAGGACAUGGGGAGGCUGGUCCACUGACUGUCUGCAGGAGUGGGGCGCCUUCAUGAAGCUGGCUAUUCCCAGUACUCUCAUGACCUGCUUUGAGUGGUGGCUCUGGGAGAUUGGAGGUUUUCUUGCUGGUGUACUUGGCGAGUUGGAUCUUGCUGCCCAGCAUGUGAUGGUGGAAAUAGGAGCCAUAACGUACAUGUUUCCUCUAGGCAUCCAUGCAGCGACAUGUGUGCGUGUUGGGAAUGCUCUGGGGGCUGGGAACACCACCAGGGCCAUAGUCACUUGCAAAGUGGCCUUGGCUCUUUCAGGACUGCUUUCUGUGGUGCAGGGUAUUACCAUCGCUAGCUGCAAGUCCUACGCUGGCUACAUAUUUACCUCUGAUGACAAUAUUGUGGCGAUCGUCUCAAAGAACCUCACAGUCUACACAUUUAUUCAAUUCUUCGAUGCACUUCUGUGUGUCUGCACAGGGAUUCUUGUAGGAUCUGGGAUGCAGAAAGUUGCUGCCUUAUCCAACCUGGUGUCUUACUACUGCAUCGCUCUGCCAGUGGGAAUAUCUCUGAUGUUUGCUGCCAAGCUCAGAAUAUUAGGCUUCUGGCUGGGUCUCUUAACAUGCACUUCCCUUCAGACAGUCUUCUUUCUUAUUCUAAUCUUCAAACUCAACUGGAAGAAAGUCACACUUAAGGCUCAACUGAGGGCUGGAAAGAAAAUGGCGGCGAUACCAAAGCGUCGUGCUAGUACAGUGCUGACUGAAGCGAUGGCGUUUGACACCUCUGACUGCACUAAUACAGCGCAGGCGGGCGGUGAAGAGGCCCCUAAAGCAGAUGGCUACCGUCCGGUCAACACCCAGGACCAGGAGCUGAAAGUGCACCAUGAGGCCCAGGGCAACAACACAAAUGCAGGAGGGAUGGAGGGGGAUGCUGAGCAGAGCAAAAACACUUCAAACACCAAACCUCAAGCCCUGCUUUCUGUCACUCAGCUCACUUUGCGUCGGGGCCUCAGCGCCUUGCUUUCAGUUCUCACUUUGGCAAUCGGUGUCGCUUUUCACAUUGGGUUCCCGAUACCAGAACCCACUGCCCAGAGUUGGGCCAACUUAACCCUGAACUUGACAAAUGGUUCCACUCCUACACCACUGGCUCUUCUGGACCUGACCACAAACCUCUGA